AUGGAGCUGGCCAAUGGGAGCACGGUCCCGGAAUUCAUAUUGCUGGGUUUAGAACAUGGGGAGCAAAAGCGAUUUCUUCUCCUCAUCUUUUUCACUUUUAUGUACAUAAUUACUUUGAUUGAAAAUGCCACUAUUAUCACUCUGGUACAUCUAGAUGACCACUUGGCCCAGCUGCCCAUGUAUACACUCUUGGGAAAUUUUUCCUGGUUGGAAAUGUGCUAUGUGACCUCCUCCAUACCCCGUAUGGUCUUUGAUCUAGCUUCUCCUCAAGGAAUCAUCUCCUUCCAAGCCUGUUUCCUUCAGUUCUACAUUUUCUUUUCAUUUGGUGGCACUGAAUGCUUCUUCCUCUCAGCCAUGGCAUUAGAUCGCUACUUGGCCAUUUGCCACCCACUCCGCUACCCAACAAUUAUGUCUCAAAAAAACUGUUCCAAGCUUGUAGCUGCUGGUUGCUGGAUUGCUGGAUUCUUGGGAUAUGCUGUCCCAGUAAUUUUGAUCUCCAGGCUGUCCUUCUGUGGCUCCAAUAUUAUUGACAAUUUUGUGUGUGAUCAAGGCCUCCUAUCCCUGGCUUGCCCGCCUUUUAAAAAUGCUUCUUAUAUCAGCCAGAUGUCCAUGAAUAUUUUGAUUAUAUUGGGCAACUUUUCCUUUGUCACUAUUUCCUAUGGCAUUAUAAUUGUUACACUGAUCAAAUCCUCUAACCAACGUAGCAGGAAGAAGGCCUUCUCCACCGUAUCUUUCCAUCUCAUGGUGGUGACCCUUUUCUAUGGUUCUGUGGCAGGAAUGUAUGUAGCUCCAAGUGGGAAAGGUCAGUCACGUGUCACUAAAAUAAUCACUGUCUUCUACACUGCCAUUACACCCUUUCUCAACCCCAUGAUCUACUGCCUGAGGAAUGAUCAGGUGAAGAAGGCUCUGGGCAGGGUCCUGAGAAGAACUGAGCAAUGCCUUAGGAAAAAGAUGACAGUAUGA